CGUCGGCAGCGGCCGCCCCGCAGCUGCCAUGGCGCCGGCGUCCCGUUCCCGCAGCCCGCCGGCCUGCAGCCCCGAGCGCCGCGGCCGCAGGUCGCGCUCCCGCUCCCGGUCUCGCUCCCGUGAGCGCAACGGCUUGAAGCGCCCGAGCCACCGGCGGAGCCGGAGUUGGUCCCGUUCCCGCGAGCGCACCCCCGGCGGGCCGCGCUCCGCCGCGCACCACGGCCACCACCACGGCAAGGCCUGGCCUGAGUACUACGAGAAGGAGAAGGAGGAGAUCCUGCGGCAGAGGAGACUCAAUGAGAGAGAGAGAAUCGGAGAACUGGGGGCACCAGAAGUCUGGGGACUGUCACCAAAGGUUCCUGACCCUGACUCUGACGAGCACACACCAGUAGAAGAUGAAGAGGCCAAAUCUAAGAGUAGUUCUUCAGAUUCCAGCUCAGAAGAGGAAAAAAAGAAAAAGAAGAAGAAAAGAAAGAAGAAAAAGCGGAAAGCAUCCAAAAGAAAGCGCAGAAGACAUUCUGAGGACAGCGACAGUGACUCAGAGUCUGAGCAGAGCUCCAGCGAUGAUGAUAAAAGGAAAAGCAAGAAGAAGAAAAAGAAGAACAGAAAGAAGAAGUCUAAGAAAAAGAAAACUAAGAAGAGUAGAAAGGAAUCCAGUGAUUCAAGCAGUGAAGAUUCUGAUGACGAAGCAUUUCAAGGAGAAGAUCUCUGGAUUGAGAGAUCAAAAAAUACUGAAGCCGAUAGCUUGAUUGGACCAGAAGCUCCCAAAACCCAUGCAUCUCAGGAUGAUCGGCCUUUGAACUAUGGACAUGCCCUCUUACCUGGUGAAGGUGCAGCAAUGGCAGAGUAUGUAAAAGCAGGAAAACGUAUACCCCGGAGAGGUGAAAUUGGCUUGACCAGUGAAGAGAUUGCAUCGUUUGAGAGUUCUGGUUAUGUCAUGAGUGGCAGCAGACAUCGCCGGAUGGAAGCUGUGCGUCUGCGUAAAGAGAACCAGAUUUACAGUGCAGAUGAGAAGAGAGCUCUGGCCUCCUUCAACCAGGAGGAGAGGAGAAAACGAGAGAAUAAAAUCCUUGCAAGCUUUCGAGAGAUGGUCUACAGAAAGACUAAGGGCAAAGAGGAAAAAUAGCUAUUUGAACUGUACACCAUAGCUUCUGCCAAGCAGCAGCUAGCCUGUUCUAGUCAUGACCUGAGAAAAGCUGUAAGUGCUGCAGGGCCUUUCACCCACCAGGGCCAA